GUCUAUGAUCUCCGUGUUUGGUUCACGCCCUUAUAGCCACACCACAACACUGCCGUCAUUGUUGCGUCAAGCACUGGAGAAGGAAGAAGAGAGACGGUGGAUCAGUGAUGGCACACACGCCCUUAACACGCUGAACACAUCGUCACAGCUGCAAGAAGAGACUGUUGUGGAGGAGAUCUCCCAUCACCCACCACCACCGCCACCACCGCAGCCAUGGCCCGGCGUGGAGGCUGUUGCAUGUACUUCAACAUAAUCACAGCCAUCAUCGGAGUGGCUGCUGGUUUUUCUGCCUUUGCCGUUUUCUUCUUUCAAUUUGAGAACCGUCAGGCAGGGAUGUGGGCCUUCGUCUCAGGUGUGUUUGCCAGCACAACGCUCUUCAUCCACAUCCUGUACAAAAGACACGCCUUGGAGUUGUGGUACACACCCGAGAACCUUCAGCAGAUCAGAACGCUGGGCCUGAUGGGCUUGUUGGCUGGCCUGGCAGGGGUGGCGACAUACAUUGGAAUUGCAUCAUCAAAGCAAGAAGACUUCCCUUCCAUGAAGAACAUCAGCUCCAAUCACUACUUCAUGGCCAUCUGGGCCUUCCUGACGCUGAAGUGGGGGGCCUCGCUUUUCGGUUUCUCACAUUUCUACCGCAGAAAGCUCCUAGAAGAGUACCACCCUCUCCUGGCCUAAAUGCUGAUAGGGUGUUUUUUUGUUGUUUUGGUGGGAAAUUACUGCACAUAUUAUCUAUAUAUUUUAGAUUGUACAAGAAUUUUUUUUUAAAUCUGUCCAUUACCAUUUAAGCCAGGUGGUUGUUAUAUAGUAUGAUUCUAUGAUUGUGAUGCAAGGUGAUAGAAUAGGGUGAGGUGCUAUUUGUAUAGUACUGUAAAGCUGUUAUAUCAAAUCUUUUUAUAAUUGAUUCUAUUGAAUUUGCUCACACAGUCUGAUAUUUGCACACUAAACGGGCUGUCUAUAACGGUGAUAUUGGCCAUACAGAGAGGCUCAACAGUUCUGCUUUUACAGCCCAGACUCAACAGACAAGGUGCUGCUCUAGCCUGUCCUGUGGUGUAGAUCAGUGUAGGAAGGUGGUAGUAUGAGGACCAUGACAGACUGCUGAUAUUAUAAUUAAAAUAAAUAUAUAUAGCAA